AUGGAGAAAAAGGAAUUUGAGACAUGGCUUGAAACCCUCUCAGCUGCGUUUUAUACCCUCACUGACCUGCAGAAGAAUGAAACUCUGGAUCACUUGAUCAGCCAGAGCGGUGCUGUUCAGCUAAGGCACCUCUCCAAUAACUUAGAAACUCUACUGAAAAGGGAUUUCCUUAAACUUCUUCCACUGGAACUUAGCUUCUACUUGCUGAAAUGGCUUGACCCGGAGACCUUACUCACGUGCUGCCUUGUCUCGAAGCAGUGGAACAAGGUUAUAAGUGCCUGUACGGAGGUGUGGCAGACGGCCUGCCGGAACCUCGGCUGGCAGAUUGACGAUGGCGUGCAUGAGACCGUGCACUGGAAGAAAGUUUACCUGAAGGCGGUAUUAAGGAUGAAACAGCUCGAGGAUCAUGAAGCCUUCCAAACAGCAUCACUUAUUGGACAUAGUGCCAGAGUUUAUGCACUUUAUUAUAAAGACGGACUGCUUUGUACAGGUACCAGACUUGGAGAAUGCUGUCCUGUACAAUUGGGAUUUCUCUGUUAAAUGUUUGUGGUUUAUAUAGAGAAUGGCAGCUUAACUUUAGGGGAAAUUCCAGUGGUUGUGGUACUAGGAGUAAUAUAUGUAAAUACGAGUUACCUGCAUGGUGAAGCUAAUCGUGGCUGUAUUGUGUGUGUGCAUGAGUGUCUCACAUUCGGGUGUAUGGCAAAGUGUCUAGUGUACGCAGUAGCAAUUUUACUGCAAGACACUGUCUACUGAUAGCAUUACCAGGGGGGCAUUAGAAUAGUUUUGCACAUUUACAUUUUGUAUUUUAGUAAAUAGAGUACCUCGUGUCUUAUUUUAUGAAUCCUCAGGUUUUUCACUUUUCCUCCUGGAGAAUUAUUGUUAAGUUCUAGCAAAGAGCAAUGUGAGCCACAUAUUGCAGACUCAGGCGUUUCUUCUGAAUCAAUUGUGGCACCUCUCACUGACUGUAACUCUUAGUGCACCUGGAGGUUAUUGUCGUGGAUCUGCUGCGUUGGCUGUAGUUCAGUGACUGAGUUGGAUGUAGAGUAUAUAAAAGGUUUGAAUAUGAUAAUACUUAAAGGAACACUAUAAUGUUAGGAAGCCAAAACUAUCCCUAAAUUUAGGAUACUCCCUCCCCACCCUGCAUGAAAAGGUUAAAAACAAUUCCAGAACUGAUGUCCCUUGGCGUUGGAUUGCUCUCCUCCACCUGCGGUGUUACACUAAUGGAAGAACCUAAUGCUCGUGCGGUGCUUGCUGCGCAUGCACAUUAGAGCUUCUCCAUAGGAAAUUAUGGAAUCUGUGUGUUCUUAUGGGAAUUUUUAAGAUGCUGGAUGUCCUAAUGAAAAGUAUGAGGACGUCCAAUGUCAUUUCACUGAGUUAAACUCUGCCUGGAAGUGUCUCUAGUGGCUGUCUUUCCAGACAUAACUCUGCAGUGUAAACAUUGCAGGUUCUCAUUGAUUUUUAUUUUUUUAUUCCCAUACUUUAUGUAUGUACUUUAUGUAAUACCUUAAUGUGCCGAACUCGAGCUCCACCCCCUUCGAUUCCCCUUUGCAUUCAUGCAUGUGUUUGGCUUGAUAACACACUGUCUGCUUACACCAUUAACUUGCAGAAGCUCUGUACUGAUAUCGUCCAGGGGACUGACUUUAACAGCAAACGAAUAGGCAAGAUUUACCGCAUGUAGGAAAAUACAGCUAAAAGUGAUAAAUUAACACAGAUCUGUAUUAUUGGAGCAAAGCUGGAUAUCCUGUGUGUUGGGGCACAUAAACUAUUAUAAAAGAGCCCAUGCUGCAUACCUUGCGUGUGUGGGAGGCAUCUUCCUUGAAUAUUUGGUCAAAAUUAUUAAUAUCAAAUAGACACAACAUUAAAGGAACACUAUAGGAAUCAAUGCAUUUCCAUGAGGAAAAUUCAGCGUCCCCAUGCAGAGCGUGGGGACACUGAACGGCAGAGCUGCCUACUGUGCAGCACUGAGCCAGGAAGCCCCACCACUGGCCACUUGGAGGUGUCCCUAGGGGCAAUGUAAACACUGGAUUUUCUCUGGAAAGGCAGUGUUUGCAUGAAAAUGCCUGAAGACCUAUGAUUAUACUCACCAGAACAACUACAUUAAGCUGCAGUUGUUCUGUUGACUAUAGUGUCCCUUUAUAGAGUCUCUAAUAAAAUAUACUGUCAGUGUGACCACCUAUCAGGCGAGGUGAAGUUACUGAGCAAUAUUUAUGGAUGGCCAGAACUGCUUCAGUCCAGUAAUGGAAUCUAUAACUUGUCCAAAUCAAGUCAUGAUGUCAAGCUAUAUUUCCCAAACCUCGCUUUCAUGCAAAACAGUUCCCGCUCUGCAUGUGUAAUCUUUAAAUCUGCCACUGUAAGACUGAACAUGACUAAGCUUGAGAAUAAGGAAGCUUUUUAUCUGGCAAUCACAGAUGUCAUAUUGUGGUUAGGACAAGAUCGAGAAGGCAUUCCUAUUAAACCUAUCAUACUUCCUCAGAAACCUUUGCUAAAUGUUGUCAGAAAAAAAAAACUUCUUAAAAGUGACGUUCAGUUUAUUCAUUACAUUAGUAACACUUUUUAACAUUCAAAUACAUUUAUUUUUAAAGGUAAUACAAUGUUAAACACAGAUCUGCAGUUAAACACAGGUCACCAGUCAAGCCAUAAGACUUGCUUUUCCCACAGAAAUCACAAAUUUGUAGUGAUGUUACUACCGCAAAGGAUUCUGGGUGGGCAUAUGCAAAUUAGUUCAACAAAGACCUUUUUUCCUCAUUCUAUUUUAAACAUGGAUUCCUUUGAUUCUGUGUUUGCUCUAUACAACAGCUUUGAAACACAACUUAGGAAAAGAUGCUAAGCAAUGAAAAACACCCUCUAUCCUGAUUCCUGCAACAGUUCUAAAAAUGAAAAGCAUACUGUCAGGAAGACAAGAGUACAAUGCAUGCUGGAAAAAAGGGGAGAUAGUGAAAGGGCAGAUAUAUUGUUAAAAUAAUUUACAGGUCGAUGAACUGUUUCAUUCCAGUGAUUGCGAUAUAACACACAUGCUUUUGUAGUCUCUGGUCAAGUGGCUGUCUUGUUUGUGUGUUUUUAACUUUUUUUUUUUAUUAUUUAUUUUUUUUAAUCAUAUUUUUUUUAUUUUUUUUUGCGAAUCAAUGCCUAAGAUGAUGUCCUGAGCAAUGUUUUAAUCAAAACCUGGUCACGUACUGACAGUUCUGCCUCCUCUUGUGUCACUGGUUCAAUGAUUGUAUGGGCCGUAAAGGGAAAAGAUGGCUAGUGCACAUAACGGAGCUUCUAGUACAGGGGUAGGCAACCUUUGGUACUCCGGGUGAUGUGGACUACAUCUCCCAUAAUGCUUAUACAGCCAUAAUGCUGGGCUGCCAAAUGUUACCUACACUGCUCUAGUACAAUCUCUUAUGUUCAGUAUCAGCCCAUGCGGACACCGAUCUGCGUAUGGCUUGAAUACCUGUUAGUACUGUUGUAGAAAGGGGAAGAACCAAGGACUAUGGAUUUUUGAAAAAUACUUAUAAUAGCGUAGAGAUUAAAACAAGGAUGUGUAUAAAAUCUACUAACAAUCCAGUUAUAAACCUUUCAUUUCACGGUACAAUGAAGAUUGUUCUUUAUGUUUCUCAUGUUUCUGUAUCGCAGGUUCCGAUGACUUGUCUGCAAAGCUGUGGGAUGUGAGCACUGGUCAAUGCAUAUACGGUAUCCAAACGCAUACCUGUGCUGCAGUGAAGUUCGAUGAGCAGAAACUUGUAACAGGGUCCUUUGAUAACACCGUUGCCUGCUGGGACUGGAUUUCAGGGGCUAGAACUCAGCACUUCCGAGGACAUACCGGCGCAGGUAAGUCAUAAGUCUUGUGUGCAGAUGAAGAUGCUGAAGUGUUUACAAUGUGUUGGAAACUUCAGUAAUCGGUAGAUAUAAUGGCUACAUGUAGAGACAAUUGUCCCCUUCUGUGCAAGUUUUGACGGAUGUUUUUUGUGCUAGAUAAUAAGUAAUAUGCAAGUUUGCAUAUAGAGACUCUCCACUGCACAAACAAAUAGAAAGCAAUAUUUAGGAGCUAUGCCAACAAUGAAAACAUACAUGCAUUUAAUUAUUAAUGUUUUCAAUGGGGGUGCAUCUAAAACAGCUUGAAAAAUGUGCAGAUCCCUUCUAGCCCCACCCAGAAUGUCUCUGGCUGUCCAAUCACAGACUUCCCAAUGCAGCUUAAUGAGAAGUCUUUGCAAGGCAGGAGCACUGGUCAAUUGCUGCCUCUUGAGUUUAUCUGCACUGAGCUAACCAACCAACCAGGCAGUAACAGGACUGGCUUUCUGACAGCCAGGAGGUGUAACAAGGUUAAUUUAUAAAAGUUAUAACUUCUUUUGAAAUUGCACUUUUUGCAAAAUGAAAAAAAGGACACACUCUGCACAUGUAAAGCACUUCAUUAAGCUGAAGUGUUUUAGUGGCCAGAAUUGCCAUGGUUUGAGCAUAUUUUCUCUUGAUCUACCCCUCACACUGGGGGCAGAGCUUCAAUCCCGCCAACUUUCCACUGCGAGUUUCAAUUCAUCUAUAACGCUUACCGAUUGAGAAACCUAGAAGGACUGGUACACCAACAUCUAACCUCCAGUAUUCCUUACAUAUGCUCGAACCGGGCUGGCAGUGUGAAAGACAUCUCCCAGCUUUUGGCUUUUUGCCAUACCGGCUUGCAUGAGUAGCGGUAUCUGAUACCGCACAUACUCACUUUCUUUUAUCUUGUAAGCAGCUGCAAUAAUAAUGGUUUAAUUUGUUCAAUAAAUGGUUAUAUUUUUAUAGAUCCACAAGCUUGUCAUACAGACUAUACUAUUAUCUAUUCUUUGUACUUUCUUUUUUUUUUUUUCUACGUACAUGACUACCCGUGGAAAUCUUCCUGAGAAAUAUUAAGUAUUCAUAUGUACAUCUGCACUUUCUGAUUUAAGAUCACUAUUUACCUAUGCGCUCCACUCACACUUUGUAUCUAAAAUUACAUGCAUGUAUGUGAUAGUUUUGUAUACUUUAACCUUUUUAGAGCCCAUUGGGAAUACCUCUAACACUGAGAGUGUUCUUACAGAUAGACACAUGGGGACCUGUGCCGUUCUUUUAAAGCAUGGGUUCUCAAACUCCGGCUCCCCAGAUGUUGCUGAACUACAACUCCCAUGAUUCUUUGAAUUACAUAGCCAGAGAAUCAUGGGAGGUGUAGUUCAGCAACAUCUGGGGGGCCGGAGUUUGAGGACCCCCUGUUUUAAAGCAUUGUUAUGCUUCCCAAAAUGUUGGUACGUGGUAAUGAGGAUAGGGAAUCGGCUAUAAAGGAGGCAUAGUGGUAGUGUUCGAUUAAAGAAGCUAGGCAGGUCAGGUAAAUAGAAUAAGUACAUUGAGUGGAAUCAUUUAAUGGAUAAUAAACCCAAAGAUGAAACAAUUGAACCUGGUAUGACAAGUUCUCUAUAAUUUCUCAUUUUUGCUAUUGUGUUUUUCAUAUAGAUUUUGAUUUUUCCCAUAAUUCCUUGAAUGUUACAAUUUUUGUCCUCUUUUUAAUUCUAGUGUUUAGUGUGGACUAUAACGAUGAGCUAGAUCUGUUAGUCAGUGGGUCUGCGGAUAACACUGUGAAAAUAUGGGCCUUAUCUUCUGGAUCAUGUUUGAAUACGCUCAAUGGCCACACGGAAUGGGUCACUAAAGUAGGUUUGACCUCUCAUGCUGCAAGGCCUCAUGAAACACCGCCUGUUAGGUUUAAAUACAUUGGGGGUGGGGGGGGGUUGUGGGCACUGCUUAUGUCAUAGAUUGUAAAUCCUUUCUGUAAUCAACAAGGCUGAAUAAUAGAUUUCCCUCCACCUGCGUAUAGAUUCUACUACAUACUGCAAGGCAUCACUAGUCAUGUACUGUUCAACAGCAUGAAGUAUAGAUGUGUCUGGGGAACCUUGGUGCAACUGCUGACUUUACUUCAUGCAAAGUAUUGAUUGAAAGAGGCUCAGACGUGUAAUAGGAGUCCUGAUUACACAGUCUGAUUGCUUCCUCUUUGCACUGUGCUGGCCACAAGUAUAACAAAUAUUUAGAUUUCAAGAUUUUUAGAAAUUUUAUAUUUUACACCUUUGCUGCUUCCACUCUUUUGGCUGUGUUGUAAAUAUAUGUAAUUUUCAGUAUCACUCUAAGCCGGCUAUGCUUUGAUAAUAGUCUCUCACUUAAAGUGAAUUAUAACAAAGAAAAUGUAGUCACUGCCUGUAAGAAUAGAUAAUCAUGCUCUAUGGCCAGGGGUAGGCAAUCUGAGGCACUCCAGAUGAUUUGGACUACAUCUACCAUCAUGCUGGCAAAGCAUCCAGGGAGAAGUAGUCCACACCAUAUGGAGUGCCUCAGAUUGCCUGCCCCUGCUCUAUGUAGUACAGAACUUUGCCCAGCAGGAGGUGUGACUACCCAUAGGCUGCAAGUGACUGCUUGCAUAAAUGGAUCGGCCGCUUACCAACAAAAAUAUUGUUUGAAUCCAUGACCGCCAUAUUAGAAAGAUUGGCUUAAAGUGAUCCUUGAAAAAUAAUAAUCUAAUUAUUUUUUUUUAAAUUAAUAUUCAUAUUUAUAAAACGGCCUAAUGACUGGUCACCUGUUAAACCAAAGUAUCUCAAUGUGCAAGCAAUGUGGGUUGUUUUUGUUUUUUUUAGUUAAAUAAUGGACAUAAAUGAUGAAUGUAGUUUCUCCAUGAAUUCACAUGAUGAAAAUUACACUUAUGCGAUCAAUACAGCUUAUGGCUGCAUUGAAAAUGUAUUGGAUGAGAUAUUAUGUCUGUCCUAUAAAGACAUGUUUUUUUCCUCUAAAUCUUUUCUCUUUUUCCCUGCAGGUAGUUUUACAGAAAUGUGAAGUGAAAUCUAUCAUGCACAGUCCCGGAGAUUAUAUACUUCUCAGUGCUGACAAAUAUGAAAUCAAGGUCUGUGUGCUCCCUUCCUAAAUAAUAGCUCUUCACAUGGAUAGCCCUAGUGUGAAACUUGUCUGGAAUUCAGACGGGUUAUUCACUAAUGUGAAAAUUGUUAAAAAUUCAAACUUCAUUUCACAUCUAAGGCAAAAGUAGUCAAACUGGAUGAUAAUUAACUUCUGGAGAUUCUAGAUUUCUAUAAUUGAUAUUUUGGUGAAUAACCCUGACAGUGAAUCUAAAAUGUCGGGACAAAAAUAGCAGAACAGAAAAUCUAGUUUACUUGGAGUUUUUUCCCCAUGUUUGGUUGUAAAAUUAUGAUGUCGCAAAAAUUCCCCCUUCAUCGCGUUAAUUUGAAAUAGUGAUCGUUAAUAUUUGUGCACUAAUGUCCAAAAUAGACAUUCGGUAAGGGGACUUAUUCACUAAAUAGUAAGAACAUCUUGGUUGGUUAUUUGCCCGGGAACUGAGUUGAAGGUUCUAUUCCCACCAGUGUUGACGUUACAGCCUGCCAAGGUCAAUAAAACGAGCACAAUUGAGAUACGUCAUAACAUCUCUAAACCCCAGACUAGUUGAAAUUGAUAGAGAAUGUUAAUGUAUCCUUCUACAUAGUGUAUAUUAUUUAAUUAUUAUAUUAUCUCACUUCUCAGUGAAUAAUUCCUUUUACAUCCCAAACACUAAGCUUACAUUUUUAAUUAAUAUAUUUUGAGAAAUUUACCGUAAUAGAAUAUGAAAAAUUUAUCUUUGUGUUGUGAAUUUCUUUAAAAUUCUUCUGUACAAUAAAAACUGUGUGUGUGUGGUUUGUAAAUAUUCUGGAUCCUAUACUUUUGUGUAGGGUUUAGAUGUGGAAAAACACUGAUUUUUUUUAAACCAGACACUUAAUGCACCCAGCCGAUUGAUGCAAACUUAAACUAGGUAUGUGCUGUGUUUUUAGUACUGAAAUGCUGUACGUACAGACUCCAAGCACCAUGACCACUUCAAAUCAUUGAAGCAUCUAUGAUGCUUGGGGUUGCCUUUUUAAAUGAAAAUGAAAUCAAAUGACUGAAAUCUGACCGCUUCAUUCUCAAGUAUAUCAGUGAUGUCUGAUUUUGGAAUCCGGACAGGCUGAGCAAUAAAGGGCAAUGUAGUCACUGGUGUAAAUGUUCAGAAAUGACUGACUAGUUUGUUUAAAUGUUCACAAAUAAUGAACAUGGUUUGUUUUACAGAUUUGGCCGAUUGGGCGAGAAAUUAACUGCAAAUGCCUGAAGACUCUAUACGUCUCAGAUAAUCGCAGCAUUUGCUUACAACCACGGCUGCAUUUUGACGGCAAAUACAUUGUGUGCAGUUCAGCUAUAGGUCUAUACCAGUGGGACUUUGCUAGCUAUGAUAUCCUAAGGUAUUUAUGGCUGUGGAUUUUAAUAUGGAUGAAUUGUUGGAAAAUAUUUAAUAUUUUUUUAUUAUUUGUCUUUAGUACACAUGAGUGAAAAUUAAAUUGCCCCCAACUGGAGCCAUUACAGUUGAAGGUUCCUCCUUAGCACCCACACAUUGGUGCUGCACAUUGUAGAGUGUAGGAAAGGCCACCAAUCUCCUCAUAGAUGCAACUCCAUGCAAUUCGUGAAGACGCUGAACAUGCAGCACUGACCCAGGAAGCAUCUCUAGUUACAGUCUUUGUGUCUGCAUCUGGAGGUGUCACUAGGCACUGGAAAGGCAGUAUUUAUAUUUAUAUGCCUGCAGGUACAGGCUAUAGACACCAGAACAAUUAAAUUGAGCUGUAGAUGUUCUAAUGACUACAGUGUCCCUUUAACCUAACUUGCCACCUGCUGAAGCUUAACCACAGCAUUGCCCUGUGUGCACUUCAUGGCAGAAGCAGGCCGCCUUGUCAAUGUGUGUGUCUGCAGCCUUCCUCAGUAUUCAAGAUAGCCUUAAAGGACCACUAUAGGCACGCAGACCACUUCAGCUUAACAAAGUGGUCUGGGGGCCAGGUCCAUCUAGGAUUAACCCUUUCUGCUGUAAGAAACUGCUAUGUUUACAAAUGGGUUAAUCCAGCCUCUCAUUGACAGCCGCUAGAGGCGCUUCUUGUGAUUUUCACAGUGAGAAGAAGCCAGCUUCCAUAGGAAAGCAUUGAGACUGCUUUCCCAUGGAUUGGCUGAAUGCGCGCGCUGCUCUUGCCGCGCAUGCGCAUUCAGCCAAUGACGGCGAAAAGGAGGAGGAGAGUUCCCCGUGCUGAGCAAGCCGGCGGGGAAAAACAGGUAAGAUUUAAACCCUUCAAUCCCCUAGAGCCCGGCGGUGGGGGAGACCUAGAGACGGUAUAGUGCCAGGAAAACGAGUAUGUUUUUUCCUGACACUAUAAUGGUCCUUUAACAUUAUCGGUUCUAUAUGUAUCCAUUGUUCCCUUCUACCUUCACACACUGACAGUGCUGCCUGCUGCUUUUAUGAAGUGCGCAGAAGCCAGUGGUGUGAUUGGUCUGUGUGGAUAUAAAGUAGCGAGCAAGUUAGUCUGACCCAACAUGGUCACUCAGCCGAAGAAAGCCAAAUGUCAUAUGUAAUACAUUUAAGAAGUGAAAAUUUGAUGACAGCUAUCCCUGCCAGUACAGUUCAGUUGGCAAACUCUGUAUGAGUUGACUGCACGCCCCACUUGUUUGAUGGAACAGUGGUGUUAUGGGGUUGGAGAGUAAGGUGGUGAAGUAAGUAGACCUUAUAGACCUUAAAGUUAACAAAAAAAUAGUGGCGUGUGUAUUUCACAACUAUUUAUCUGCUCUCCUUCUCCCCACAGAGUUAUAAAAAUGCCAGAUUCUGCAAAUAUUUCCUUACUUGGCUUUGGCAAUAUCUUUGCUCUUCUCUUCGACAACCACUACCUGUACAUCAUGGAUUUAAGGACAGAGAAACUGAUCAGCCGAUGGCCUCUGCCAGAAUAUCGGAAAUCCAAAAGGGGCUCGAGUUUUUUGGCUGGAGAAAUAUCUUGGUUAAACGGGCUGGACGGUGAAAAUGAUAUUGGUUUGGUCUUUGCCACAAGUAUGCCAGAUCACAGUAUCCAUUUGGUAUUGUGGAAGGAGAAUGGUUGA